AUGUUCCCUAUACCCGUUUUACAGGUGUCUGCUGAGCCGACCGACAGUGACACCACUCCUGCAGAACUAAGGACGCCCGAGCUGCCACUACAGACACUAGCACAGUCUACCGCACAGGACUUGCAGCCAGUUCUCCCUACGAACGACACACCCAUCAAACGUAGCUGUUCUACGAUGCAACCUUUCACAACCAAUACACGCUGCCGACAUACCACUCUCAAUGCCAUGGGCAAGGAGAUGAAGGGAUGUUUGGUUGGUCCAAUGCCAGUGGAACAAUUUCUCGAGGAGUUCCUACCGCCUUCAGUGAUCCCGAAUUAUGAACCUUUAACCUUCUCUGAUGGCACGUUCGAGAGCACACUCUCUGCUCUCCAUGAGAUGAAAGCUUAUGAACCAUUUAUUGACACUAUGUCAUCUUUUGCCCCUGGUCUAUCGUUUAUCAACACCCACAACCAUCCAGACACAACCAAUUGCAAAUCAUUUACAUUUCAAAUCAAACCCGACAUCUGUGUUUAUGCCGAUGGAACCUCGCCACCCCGCGCUAGACAAUCAUCCUGUGAUGUCUCUGCUGCGGAAGUGAUUAUCGAAUUCAAGUGGGAUCCCCAUCAUAAUCCAUUCUAUACGCCUGCAAGUGGCCCAAGUACUACAGCACACUUCAUAUCUGAAACCGACAAGGCCAUGGACACACUGGGCCAAAUAAUGACUCACAUAAUAAGAUGGGAUAGGGAGGGAGCUACCGUUUCUUCUGCCAUCUUCUACAACAAAGAACCACAUCUAGCUGAUUUUUUCCAUCGUUACGCACAAGCAUUGCCUGCAUUGCGUGGUGUUGACACUUUGGUAACACUUGCUAGUGCCGAGGAGGCUCGCCUUGCAAGGUCGCAGUUAGGCCUUUCUGCUACUAGACACAUGUUGAAAGUGGCUGUCCCUGAUGUCGAUGACACUGGCUUAAUUACCUUGGUGUUUCCUGCACCUUCACCGGUCGGUCAAUCCCCUAUUGGCCGAUGUACACGCGCAUGUCCUGCGUAUGAUAUUGACAAUGACAGAGUUGUCAUGUUCAAAGACUCUUGGCGGGUCGCGAUCGCCGAUGUCCUACCAGAAGAUGCUGUCUGGGCAUGUUCACACAACGCGAUCAUUCCGCACAUUCAUUAUCGCCUGGUCCUCAACAUUGUGGGCAAACAGUUAUGUGAAUUUGCAAGCUCUCACCAGCUCGUCACAGCCGUUCGUGACGCAUUAAUUGCUCACAAGGACACAUAUCACAAGGCGGGCGUAUUGCAUCAGGACCUCAGUGCAGGAAACAUUGUCAUCCACGAUGGCAAGGGCAUCCUCAUUGAUUGGGACCUAUCAAAGUUAAUUGACAUCAAGGGUGCUCGGCAAGUAACACGUACGGGAACCUGGCAAUUCAUGUCUGCCCACCUGGUCGAAAAUGAAGACACCACACAUGAUGUUGAGGAUGACCUAGAGUCUAGUCUCUAUGUCAUCCUGUGGGUUGCCUUACUGUGGACGAAGACUUACCUGACUGUCCCUGCACGGUCAUUACUCAUGAAGCAGGUCUUCGAAGUUGAUGAAUUGGAGGGGGUUGGAUCAUCCACUAAAUCGGCUUUUCUCAACUCGAGAACACAACUUAGGGGUGAUGUGUUUAUCGACCGCAAACCGCUCGACAGGCUCAUUCUUGCACUUACCGAGCUCUUCGCGCUUCGGUAUAUUGUGGUCACUCGGGAGCAGCAGGAUGCUUACGAUCAAACAUGCGAGCACAUGGAGAAGACAGACGCCACUAACAUGACCUUCAUCAUGAACCUCUUGAAGGCGAAUCCUGCUUACAAGUUGAAGACAGACAUGGAGAUCUUGAAGUCACACAACAGGAUCAUCGAAGUUUAUGACUUUCACCUUCAAUUAGAAGGCUGGCCUCAAGAUCCUCCUGUGGAGCAAAUUCUCACUUCCAAUGGGAAGUUCCACGCGAAACGCUGUGUCUUCACGAAGUCACUAUGUCCUUCACAGGUAGAAUUAACGACAUCUAGCAAGAGACGUAGAGUUGGGGAUAAUUAG